UGUACACUGGAUUUAAACAGUUUAAUUCUACAGAAAAUAUACACAAAAAAAAUCUGAUUGGACUAAAAUGAUUUACACUGUGCAAAUAAUGUCAUAAAACAACAAUGUGAUCUUUUUUCACUACAGACAUUUCGAACAUGUCACAGGUGUAAAUAAUAAAAAGAAAUUAGGCUGAAUUCCAUUUAGCUUCUUCAGGUUCAGAGUCCAUUGUUAAUGUCACACCUGUGCUUCUCUACUGUCACAAGUCAAAAUGUCUGCAGUGAAAAAAGGCCUUCGGUCAGACAGCCGCCUCAUCUGUGGGCCGCAGGGGCUGAUGGGAGGUUUGAGGAGGUGUCAGAAACCACAUGACCCUCGUCUGAGCUCACAGCUCGUCCUUGUUUGGCCUCAGCUGCAUCAGAGCUCCACUUCUCCCCAGCUUCACCACAGGAAACACCACGGCACAAAAUGCUUUUCCUCCCAGCUGCUGCUCUGUGCUGUCUGUGUUCAGCGCUGGUUGCCAUGGCAGCAGAGCUGAUUCAGGACCAGUUAUCAUUGACCAGGAGAGUUGGUGACACAGUCUCGUUCAGCUGUGGAGGAACUGACCAGUGUGGUAAACAGCAGGUUUACUGGUACCAGAAGACGGAGACAGACCCACACAGAGUGAUUCUACAUGUUGACAUGUCUGAUGGGACGGUUAACUCACGCUACAGUCAUCCUCAGAAAGACGAUUUCUCAGCUUCAAGAAAAACAGACGGCUGUGAGUUGAAGAUAGAGAAAGUUCAACUCUCUCAUUCAGCCUCCUACUACUGCUGCUGUCAGAAGAAAGUUUCCCACAUGAUCCUGGUUCAUGAUGUGGACUCGUGGACAUCAGCUGACACAUUCAGCAGCAGACAGGUUUUUGUAUCAGUGUCUUUCACUGUGGGAGCAGCCAACGAAACCAACAGGUAUCUCAUCUUUGGCUCUGGGACUAAACUGUAUGUAACAGAUGAGGCGGUAGUGAAGCCCGUGGUGAGCGUGUGCCCAGCAGCACCCAGAGCCCACCCUGAGGGGAAGAGCUCCCUGCUGUGUCUGGCCUCAGCCAUGUCUCCUCCUCUGGUCCAGUUCUCCUGGAAGAGACAGAAGGAGGAUGGUUCUCUGGAGGAGCUGAAACCUGAUGAUGGAGAGCAGCUGGUGCUCACAGAGCCGGGACGCACCGCCGCCAUCUUGCUGAUCCACCAGCCGGAGAACAGCACGUAUAAAUACCGCUGCUACGUCGAGCACGAGGGCGGCACAGUGGAGGCCCAAACACAACAAGUUAUGGUGGCCAGAGCUCCUGCUCCUCCUCCACCUCCGGCCUCCGUCCAGCACUGGUUCAGAGAGCGGCUGCUCUGUCUGCUGUACACAGGGCUCAUCGUGAAGAGUCUGGUGUACUGCUGUGGACUCUCUGUGAUCAGGAUCUUCAGAAACAAGGGGCCGUCCACUCACAGCCGACGUGCUGACUGAGUGUCCUCCAGCAGCUUUAACCGCUCACUGAAGAUGAACGGUAUCUAACGAGCCCAUUAAGACUUAAUGAUUUAAACCAGAACCAAAGCAUGAAUUUAUUCUGACACCCUCCGUCUGUGCAGCCAACGCCUGAACUCCUGUCAUCUGCAAGUUGUUUAAAACACACAGAAGAGCCUGACACUGCUGCAUCAUGUUUUCAGGGCUUCUUUCAGAAUAAACCACUGUUAGUGUUCAUUGGAAUAAAACCACGUCUCCCAGUGCAACAGCGACUCACUGAUGUGUUUUGAACAGUUUCUGGAGAACGGUGGAGCUCAGAGAUCCAUCAGGCUGUGAUCAGACCUGCUGGUAGAGAUACAAUAACACCAUUUUUAAUCAAUGUUUUAUAGAAAAUUAAUGAAUUUCUCAGAGCUCACACAUUAUUCUCUUAACAAGUUUUAAUAUUAACAUCAAUUUUUUAUAUCUGACUGUUUAUAACUUCAUUAAAACGUAAUCAGGAGAUAACAGACACACAGCAGCUUUCAGGGUCUUUUUUUAAUAUGAUGCUUAUUUUAUAUAUAAUGUUGAAUAUAUCUGUCAGUUUCCUCAGUUACUCUUUCUUUAUCCUGAUAUUGUUUUUGCUGUAAUGUAUUUUUGAAGUGUUUUAAUUGUUAAGCGCAUAUUGUAAAAUCUGAAAAUAAAGUUCCUUUCUCUUGCUCUUA